UUACUCUGAAAGGGGAAGUGCAGACGUGACUUCUUAUCAAUUAAAAAAAAAAAAAAAACGAAAAAAAAAAACGAGAAAACAAUCGUCAUCUGGAAAGACGUGCUGCGACCACCAGCAGCCUGGUAGUGAACGGCAGAGUGAAACCUGUAGGUGUGAUGGGACUCCUAGUGGUCAGUUUGGUGGUAGCGUUCCUCCAUCACAGUCACAGUGUGGAACUGCAGCCCUCCCUGUAUGGGUCAAAGAGGGUUUGGGAAAAUGUCUUAAAUCCCAGUGACUGUGUGUCCAGAGUCAGGCCGCCGCAGCUCUUUAACUCUCAGAAUUUCACAGUGGAUCUAAGAAUGCCUGGGGUUUUACCAACUGAGUCGGACACUUACCUGUGCUUGGCCUUUCCUGUGCCAACUAGUCGUGAUUCAUAUAUUGUGGACUUCCUACCUCAUGCCAGUAUGGACACUGUUCACCACAUGCUGCUGUUUGGCUGCCAGACUCCUGUCUCCACCAGCAGCUACUGGGACUGUGGCAGUGUACAGGGAACUUGUGAAGACGAGUCUUCCAUCAUGUAUGCCUGGGCUCGAAACGCUCCACCAACAAAAUUACCUAAAGAUGUUGGCUUUAAAGUCGGAAGAAAUUCAGGAAUGUCUUACUUUGUGCUGCAGAUACAUUAUGGAGAUGUCAGUGCCUUCAGAGAUCAUCACAGAGAUUGCUCUGGACUAACCUUAAGAAUGACAUUAAAACCGCAGCCCUUCAUUGCGGGCAUCUACCUGCUAAUGUCUGUGGACACGGUCAUCCUUCCAGGAAAAAAAGUUACAAAUGCGGAUGUUGCCUGUGACUAUGAUUCCUACCAGAUCUACCCAUUUGCCUUCAGGACCCACACACACAGCCUCGGCAAAGUGGUCAGCGGUUACAGGAUUCGUGAUGGGAAAUGGAGUCUGAUUGGGAGACAGUCCCCUCAGUUACCACAGGCUUUCUAUCCUGCUAACAAGGAAGUGACUGUGCAGUAUGGUGACACCGUGGCUGCCAGAUGUGUUUUUAGUGGGGAGGGCCGGAUCUCCAAAACGUACAUCGGGGGUACUUCAAAUGAUGAAAUGUGCAACUUCUAUAUGAUGUACUACAUGGACAGCAAACAUGCCGUUCCCUUCAUGAGCUGCAUGGAGACGGGCUCUAAAGAACUCUUUCGACAUAUUCCAGCAGAGGCAAAUGUUCCCAUUGCUGUGAGUCCAGGUCACAUGCACGCCAUGAUGCCAAUGGGAAAUGCUACAGACGACAAACAGCUGAUGAAUGCCAACAAAGCAGAGCCGGUUCUGGAUCAGGAUUCUCAUUUGGAGCAGGUGUCGGCAUGGCCACAGAGUUCUCUUCAGCUGGGCCAGGUGUCAGGACUCGCCCUGGACUCUGAUUCCAACCUGGUCAUUUUUCACAGAGGCGACCACCACUGGGGGGCAGAGGGCAGUAUUAUGUCAAAUAGACUUUUUAGAUCUUUAAAUCAUGNCACCGUGGCUGCCAGAUGUGUUUUUAGUGGGGAGGGCCGGAUCUCCAAAACGUACAUCGGGGGUACUUCAAAUGAUGAAAUGUGCAACUUCUAUAUGAUGUACUACAUGGACAGCAAACAUGCCGUUCCCUUCAUGAGCUGCAUGGAGACGGGCUCUAAAGAACUCUUUCGACAUAUUCCAGCAGAGGCAAAUGUUCCCAUUGCUGUGAGUCCAGGUCACAUGCACGCCAUGAUGCCAAUGGGAAAUGCUACAGACGACAAACAGCUGAUGAAUGCCAACAAAGCAGAGCCGGUUCUGGAUCAGGAUUCUCAUUUGGAGCAGGUGUCGGCAUGGCCACAGAGUUCUCUUCAGCUGGGCCAGGUGUCAGGACUCGCCCUGGACUCUGAUUCCAACCUGGUCAUUUUUCACAGAGGCGACCACCACUGGGGGGCAGAUUCUUUCAACAGCCAGGCUCGAUACCAGCAGCGGUCCCUGGGGCCCAUUCAGCAGUCUACUAUUCUGGUUGUGGAUCCGGCCAACGGCAGAAUCCUGAAGGCUUCAGGCCGAAACAUGUUUUAUUUGCCUCAUGGAAUAACGACAGACCAGGAGAAUAACUACUGGGUGACGGAUGUGGCUCUGCAUCAGGUGUUAAAAGUGAGCGGUGACGGCAGGGACAGAACCCUGCUGGUCCUGGGAGAGGCUUUCACUCCGGGGAGCGACACAGAGCACUUCUGCCAGCCGACGGAUGUGGCCGUCGACCCUGAAACCCAGAACAUCUUUGUGUCCGACGGCUACUGCAACGCCAGGAUCCUGAAGUUUGCUGCCGAUGGCACAUACUUAACUCAGUGGGGAGCAGGUUCGUCAGACAGAAGGAGGCGCACACCGUUCCGGAUCCCCCACAGCUUGGUGUUCCUUCCUGACAGGAAGGAAGUGUGUGUGGCUGACAGGGAAAACGGCCGAAUCCAGUGCUUCAUCGCUGAGACCGGCGAGUUUGUCAAAGAGAUAAAGAACGAAGAUUUUGGAGGAGAAGUGUUUGCCAUCACCUACAGCCCUGCCGGAAACGGCCUGAUCUUUGCAGUGAACGGAGACUCGCCCUACCACUCAGCUCCACUCAGAGGGUUUGUUCUAGAUUAUUCAACCAAACAAAUUCUGGAUUCCUUCAGCCCCACCCAGAAGGAGUUUAAAAUGCCUCAUGACAUUGUCGUAGCUAAGGAUGGAAGUGUUUUUGUUGGAGACGCAGGAAGCAAUUCAGUCUUUAAGUUUACUGCAGAAAAGUUACACCGCUCUGUGAAGAAAGCUGGAAUUGAGGUCCAGGAACUUGAAGAAGUGGAGGCAUUCGUUCAAGCCAAGCUGAGGCCACAUCCCAACAUUUCAAAGACUGCGCCUGUCAAGGAGAAGCAAACCGUGGCAGAGAAGAACCAUCCGCUGGUGGAAGUGGAACCCAGGAAAAGCAUACCAAAGUCAAAGAAAGAGAACAGCAUCCUCCCUGCUGUUGUUGUCUCUCUGCUCCUCAUCCUUCUGCUGGUCAUCGUCUUCCUGGGAGUCUUCAUGUGCUGGAUGAAAAACAAGAGAAAUGAAAUCAAAAUGGAGCCUCGCUCUGUGGGAGGACUCCCCUGUUCCUCCCUGUCAGGUAAAGCAGUGGGAACUCUGAACCUGGGGAAAUUCUUUGCGUCUCACAAAGGUUACAGUCGCCAGGGCUUCGACCAGCUGAGCACUGAGGGCAGCGACCAGGACAGGAACGCAGAGGACAGCAGCGACUCGGACACAGAGGAGUACUCUGCUCCCCCUCCUCGCCCUCCUCCUCCUCAGUCCUCCUCUUAGGCAGUCCUUCCCCCCCUCCAAAUACAGCUUAGAUUUCUCACAUGUGCUAAUUCACUGUUUUUGUAACCGUUGUCAGCUGCCAAUAUUGCUAUUUAAUGUAUAUAUUUAAAUGUGUUGUAUAUAAAAUUCAUUUUAUUGUCAUCUUGAUAAAAUCUUGGAGACAAAAUGAUUAUAUUUAUAUUUUUCUUUUAUAAAAAAUAGAUUGCCUUUAUGGAAAAAUUAUCAGCACAGUCCCCAAAAACAACUGUCCACUAAUAUCAGGUUCAGCCUUAAAAAGUCCAAGAAAAUCUGCAAAUGCAUUGUUAUGUAGAAAGAAAUAUUAAUGUAGUUUUUAUUAUUUAUGUUUUUUUAUUGUAUUUUCUUUUUGUUUCUUAGCUCUCACUUUUUAAUCGUUUUCAUAAAAUCCUGCAGCCCUGUGACUGUAGUGCCUACAGUACCACUAGGUGGGGCUGUUGUCAGCCAGGUUUGUCUCCUGCAGCUCCUGUCGGAUUAUUAAACAUGGCUGAUGCUCAGUCUGAAUGUUGGCUCAGAUUAAACCCUACAGUGUUUCAGUGUCAGCUUAGGGAUGAGAUAAAUCAGGAUUUCAGAGCAGAAUCCUGACAUCUGUUGCUGCAGUUCUUAUUAUAGAUGUCUUUUGAUGUUCUUUAUGACAUUUCAGCAUCAUCAUUGUAUUUGGUCGACUAUCAUUUCUCUUGUAAUUCUGUGCCUUCUGCUGGUUUGUUUUCUUCAAGGCAAAUAGCCCAGAUCAUCUUGUAGUUUGGCAUGGCUGACUAUUUAACAUGUGGGGAGUAGGCUUCAUGCUGCUGCAGCUUUCUGCUUGUUGUCAAAGGCUGAUCUGAACCCACUGUGCUUUUUUUUUCUUUUUUUUUUUUUUUUUUUUGUCCAGCGAAUGGAAACUAAACUAUUUCCUCUGUUCACCUCCAGAGUUUACUAAAAGCAGCACAUUUAUCCAGAACUGUAUUCAGAACAGCAUGGAAAGAGAAUUUAUUUUCCAUUUAACUGCUGUUUAGAUAUUUUAUUACAGCAGAAUUCAAGUGAAUGAUUUAGUAAAUUGCAUCUUUAAAAAAUAAAAAUAAAAAAAAAUUAAUGAUUUAAGUCACUUUAUGUAAUGUCAGGUUUUACGUUAGUGGAUCAGUUUUUCGGUUGUCAUUUUUUAAAAUCGUAUUCCAUGUUUUCUGCCGUUGCUCAUAGUUUGCUAUGGAGCUUGAGAGGCUUUCCUGACCGCAUGCCAUAGAUAUUUAGCUACGCUGUCACAUGUGGCCUACCUUAUAUUAGCUGUGGCACCGGUUUAAGUACAAGAGUACUAUUUUCAGUAACUAUUGUAUUUGUGUAAUAAAGUGUCUGCAAAGCAUCA